AUGGAUACUGUCAAAAAACACAAAAGCACAAAGAAAUCAAGUAAAAAUAAGAAACGCAAAUUGAGUAAAGAUGAAAGCAUCAUAUCGAAGGAAUCUAAUUCAACUUUUGAAGAAGACAAAGAAGUUAACAUAGACGAUACAGUGUUAAAAGUAACUAAUUCUGAUUUUAAGGACAAUAAUGCCAUAAAAAAAUCAAACAUAGAUAAUUUGACGACCUAUGGAGUCGAAAAUAACACGUUAACCAAUACCUCGGUUGACGCAAAAAAAGCCGAAAAUUCACCUUUUCGGAUAGUUACUGCUAAAAUGCUCAUUGAUUUGCCACCUAAAGCUUUCGAAGAUUUCGAUCAGGGAAUUUAUACAUAUAUGAACGCGUUGAUAAUGCAAUAUGUUGAGGAGUUUAAUGGCAUUGUCCUUGCCUAUGAAAACAUUAAAUUAUGUGAUAAGUCAGGGUACAUAUAUGAAGAUUCACCGUAUUGUCAUUUUUACGUACAAGCAGAUUUCGUUAUUUGGGAUGCAUCGAAAGGAUGUAAAUUGACUGGAAAAGUGAUUCGGCAAUCACCUACACACAUAGCCCUAUUACUUUAUGAAUCUUUUAACGUUAAAAUAUUUCGUGAUUGCAUACCUGAUGAUGUUUUUGAAUGGAAAGAUGAUGAAGAAUUCUUCAAUGCAAUGAUUUCUGAUAAACAAUUAGAAUUAGAUAAAUUAUAUCAGGAUGGUGAAUGGUUCAAUAAACAAACAGGUGAAAGUCUUACUGAUAAAUGUAUCGAAUUUGAGGUUCUCGGAUCUGAAGUGGAUGAGGGUACUAUCUUUAUUGUCGGAACGCUCCAAUGCUACAGUGAUAAUCCUGCACCAGAGAGGGCGAACGAUGUUCCGUUUGAUAUGAGUGCACUUCUUACCUUUGGGUUUAGCAACACCCAGAGUUCGAGUAAGGAUGAUAAAAUAUAA